AGUAAUAUUUUACUAUCGAGUAUCGGUCACUUUACAUUUUCAACUUUCAAUCGGAAAUUAAAUAUUAUAAUAAUAUUUUUAUUAAACAAAAUAAAAAUAAAUUAAUUUAUAAAUGUAACCCUAUACACGUGUUUCUUUAUUAUUGGUCAUAAAAAAUUAAUACCGGUCGGUUCGUUAUCGUAUGCAAGUGUCAUGUCAAUUCGGUACACGUAAUCUUUACUAAUUUAUAUUGUUUUUGUUUUUAUUUGAUAAAUAUGGGACGAAAAGAAUUGUGUAUAUUGUGGUUGUGUGUCUGUAUCGUGGCCUGUGAAUUACUGGGCCCAGAUACUCGCAAGGAAAACAAAAAAUCCGAGGACGAAGAUGAUAUUGUCGAAACAUUGGAUACGAACUCUCAGGCGGACCCAGAUUACAUGAAACAGUUAACAGAGGCGGUAAAUAAAGAGAUUCGUGCACUUCAGGACUAUGCGGAAGCCUUUAAAAAAAGCAAGACAGACUCCAAGGAUGAAGAUAGCAAUAAAGAAAGCCAUUUGGAGCAAAUGGAGUAUACAUUGAAGCUCCUGAAGAAGAGUCUACUCAGGCACACAGAGCCAAGCUGGAUACAUGACCCUAAAGAUGCUGACUCCACAACCAGUGAUGUUGAGAAAUUAGGUGAGAACCCCCAGGACAUUCUAGAUACAUUACCACCAUUACCUGUGGAAGAGGAGGGUGAACUGACUCCGGAGUUGAAAGAAGCUAAAAAACUAUAUGACGAAGCCACAGCGAAACUUCGACGCCGUUCCCCCGACAUACACUCGGCUAUUAUGCAAGUGAAGCAGGCUGCUGACCGUGGCUACAUCCCGGCCAGAAUCAAGAUGGCGUCAUGCUACAUCUUUGGAGAGGGUGUAGAUGUCGACAUUGGGACAGCUAAAGCUAUAUUCGAGGAAUUGGCUGAACAGGGCAAUGGAGAAGCUCAUGCGGGUCUGGGCUUUCUAUACGCAACUGGGACGGGUGUCCCAGUGUCCCAGGCAAAGGCGCUAGUACAUUAUACGUUGGGCGCACUGGGCGACAGUGAUUACGCGCAAAUGGCACUCGCAUACCGAUAUUGGGCCGGAGUCACCGUGCCCAGUUCUUGUCCUAAAGCCAUGGAUCUGUACAUGAAAGUUGCUGCUAAAGGCGCAGGUGACACACACACACACACUCACACAUACCUCAUCGAGUACUACCAGCUGCUGGCGGAGAAGGGCGACGUGCAGGCGCAGCUGCUGGCGGAGAAGGGCGACGUGCAGGCGCAGGUGACACACACACACACACACACUCACACAGACCUCAUCGAGUACUACCAGCUGCUGGCGGAGAAGGGCGACGUGCAGGCGCAGGUGGGGCUGGGCCAGCUGCACUUCCAGGGCGGGCGCGGCGUCACCCUCGACCUGAACAAGGCGCUGCACUACUUCCAGCAGGCCGCCAAGACCGGCAACGCCGUGGCCAAUGCCUUCCUGGGGAAGAUAUAUUUGGAAGGUGGCGAUGGUAUCAAAGCAGACAACGAGACUGCACUGCGAUACUUCAAAAAGGCAGCCGAACUGAACAACCCCGUCGGUCAGAGUGGACUGGGCAUUAUGUACUUACAGGGACGCGGAGUACCAAAGGAUACAACAGCGGCAUUCAAGUAUUUCACGAUGGCAGCCAACCAGGGCUGGGUAGAGGGACAGUUGCAUUUAGGAUUCAUGCAUUUUGGAGGGGUGGGCGUGCGGCGCGACUUCAAGCAAGCCAACAAGUACUUCUCGCUGGCGUCGCAGUCCGGACACGUGCUCGCGCUCUACCACCUCGCGUACAUGCAUGCGCAGGGGCUCGGCGUGCUGCGCUCCUGCACCACCGCCGUCGAGCUGUUCAAGAAUGUUUGCGAGCGUGGACCGUGGAGUUCACGCCUGAUGCUGGCCCACGCGGCGUGGCGGGCGCGGUCCACGUCGUCGUCGCUGCUGCAGUACCUGGCGCUGGCCGAGCGCGGGCUGGAGGUGGCGCAGUCGAACGCCGCGUACCUGCUGGACGAGGGCGCGGCGGGCCCGUACGCGGCCGGGGAGCGCCUGCCGCGCGCGCUGCAGCUGUGGGCCCGCGCCGCCGCGCAGGGCUCCGCCACCGCCCGCGUCAAGCUCGGCGACUACCACUACUACGGCCUCGGCACCCCCCGGGACCUCGACGCGGCCGCCCACCACUACAGGAUCGCCUCCGAGCAGCUGCACAACGCGCAGGCGAUGUUCAACCUGGGCUACAUGCACGAGCGCGGGCUGGGGCUGGCGCAGGACGUUCACCUCGCCAAGCGAUGCUACGACCUCGCGGCAGACACCGCGCCAGAGGCUCGCCUCCCGGCCGCGCUCGCACUUGCCCGCCUCAAUGCGCUCGGAGCACUAAACCAGCUGUACGAGUCAGUAUUCGAGAGUCCGCUGGGUAUGAUCUUCCUAUCGGGUGAUUCCAUGUUUCUGUCCAACUGGGACCUGUACCUCAUCACGUUACUGGUGGGCGCGCUCGGGAUCGUACUAUAUCUGCGUCGGCCGCGCCCGCAGCCGCAACCCGCGAACUGAGUUCUAGUGCGUGUAAUAAAUAUGUGAUAAGUGACAAGAUGGUAUAAGACUUGAACUAUCUGAGUAUUUGAUACUCAAAUGAACAUGACCGGGGUCUCACUAUGCAAUUGUAAGUCAGUGGUAUGUAAAACUGUGUAAAUAAGGGCUAUGAAUUUACAUUCACGUCACAUGUUAAGGAGUAGUUACGUCACAUGUUAUAGGGGGCGGGCCCCUUUCGUUACACUUUGUCGACAUAAUGUGACAAAAGGGGGCGAGAUUGAAUUUCGUAACCUCGCAUUUCAAUAUCUAAUGUAAAGUACUGAAUAACAAAAUUUGAAUUAACAAAUAGUAAAAAAUCAAAAUAUGUCACGUCACACUACCCCCUAGUGUCUCACAAAUGUGAAUAACUGUGACAAGGAUGGGGGAUGGGACAAAAAUCGAGAAAUGCAUGUGACGUAAUUUAUCGAAGGCCAAGGAUGUAGUUACUGUGGAAAUAAAUUAGAUUUGUGCAAUAAUUUCUCAUGUCUUAUUGAAGCGACUGUUGAAAAUAGUGAUUUAAUAAAUUAUACUUAUAAAUAAUACCAUU